UUAAGAAUAUAAUAAUUUGCAGUUAUUAAAUUUAAGGACAUAUUUUUCUCAAGAGUACCAGCAAAAGGAAUCAACUUAUUUAGUUCACUGUUACGUUUGCGCCGCGAACAUAAUUUAUUGUUUAUCUAACGUAGAAGAUGUUAAAACUAAUUAAAUUCUGUCGACUUCAUAAAAGGCAACUAAGCACCAGCCCUGCAGCCACUCAAUCAUUCAGGAAAUGGUACCAACAGUUGUGGACAACAGAACGCACAAAUCUACCGCCCUACAGCCAUUUCACGCAGAUCGGAGACCCCGUACUGCGCGACAGAGCUGCAGAAGUUCCUGUAGAAUGUGUGGAUAGUAAAGAGAUUCACGCGAUAGUGGAUCGUCUGGUGCACGUCCUACGAAAAUAUGAUUGUGUGGGCAUUGCUGCACCUCAAAUUGGCGUUUCCUUACGAAUAAUUGCCAUGGAGUUUAAAAGGAGCAUUAAAAAUGAGCUUCCACAAGCGAUGUACAAGGCGCGACAAAUGUCCGAGCUGCCCUUGACCGUAUUUAUCAAUCCCAGCCUGAGUGUGACAAACUAUACCAAGCACAAACACCCAGAAGGUUGCAUGAGUGUACGCGGAUUCUCUGCUGAAGUGGAGCGUUAUGAGGGUGUCAAAAUUUCAGGAUUAGACAAACAAGGAGCAUCCUUCCACCUAGAACUCAAUGGCUGGAACGCGCGCAUUGCCCAGCAUGAAAUGGAUCACUUAGAUGGAAAAUUAUAUACGGAUCAAAUGGAUCGUUCCACAUUUACAUGCACCUGCUGGGAAACCGUGAAUACAAAGUCUGGCCGUGUGGAAAUACCUUUUUACAAAUAAGAUUUGUAUGCAGUUUCCGCUAGUUAAUAGAUCUGUUGCUAAAAAUUUAUUUAUACAAAUAGAA